AUAUGGCACCACCUGUGUGUACUUAUAGUAACUAAAUAAAAGGAUUAAACAUUUCUUUACUUCGACUACCAAGAGAUUUUCUGAAAAUGAAUAUUCCACAGGGGGAAAGUUCUACAACAAAUUCACUCAUCCGCAUAAAAAAAGAAGCCGAUGCAAAAUUACAGCUGGCGCAAGUUAGAGAAACGCAAACACUGAAGCUAUAUCUUGAGCGAAAAGCUAAGAAACACGCUCUAAUUUUGGAGAAAUUUCAACUACUGGAGGAUAUAUCAUAUUAUAAGCAAAUUGCACAUGACUUGCACACAAAAGAAAUAAUUAAAACCAAAAAUUUUUUAAAAAAUGAACUAGAAUAUGGAAAACUGAAAUUUCAAAUUGACCAAGGUCUAAAGCGUCUUAACAAACUCAGGCAAGUAAAAAUUAUAUCAGUUGAAGAAAAUAAAUUGAUAGAUAAAGAAAAUGAAGAAAGAGAGAAAGUCCAAGAACUACAACAACAGAAAACACGUUUAGAAGAAACUUACAAAAAGAAUAAAGAAAUUAUAGAAGAGUUAUUGAAUGAACUAAAAUUAAUUUUAAACAUUCAUGAAAAAUCCAUUUAAAACUGUAGAAC